AUGGAAUUACUCUCCACUGAACCUUCUACUCCAAGGAAUGGGUACACCCCGAAACUUGUGUUAAAUGGAAAAUAUUCCCCUCAUCUAAAGCAAGGAUCCAUCACAGCGACAAAAAUCAAUCAAGACGUAGAACAAAUGAACGAAAAAACAAGGAAUAAAGUUCCAACAGGAAAAUUACAGGUAUGUGUUUAUGAGUUCAAGAAAUUUAAUUUAGCACAUUCGCUCAUGUCAGUUCAGCUCAGCUAG